GAUACAGUGAGCAACGUAAUACCGCCUUCCCCAUUUGCGUGGCCGUUGGAAAUUCGUAAGCCAAUUCCCAUGAUUUCCAUUUCACUUUCACUCCAAAACCUCUCUCCCUCCUAUAAAUUCUUGUCCCCUGCCUUUCUCUCCUUCCCAAGAGAGAACGCUCGACAACAGUUUCAGUUUUAUUUUAUUUCUGUUUAAAGAUUUCACCUUGUUCCUUCAAACAUUUCCACCCUUCAUUUGAUUGCAAGCUUUUGACUUGUGCAAUCAAUGGCUGCUUCAAUCUCAGCAACCAUCACGGCUGUUAACAGAGCACCGUUGAAGUUAAACGGCUCAGGUGCUGCAUCUUCCUAUCCAAGCUCUGCCUUCUUAGGCAACAGCCUGAAGAAGGCCACCUCCAACAUCACGCACCCAAAGAUUUCAUCUGGGAAUUUCAAGGUUUCUGCAGAAUAUGAUGAGGAAAAGCAGACCUCAAAAGACAGGUGGGGAGGGCUUGCCUUUGACACUUCAGAUGACCAGCAGGACAUCACCAGAGGAAAGGGCAUGGUGGACACCCUCUUCCAAGCCCCUAUGGGUAGCGGGACCCACUAUGCAGUCAUGAGCUCCUAUGAUUACAUCAGCACUGGUCUUCGCCAAUUGGACAACAUUAUGGAUGGCUACUACAUUGCUCCAGCUUUCAUGGACAAACUUGUUGUUCACAUUACUAAGAACUUUUUGAACCUGCCAAACAUUAAGGUUCCUCUUAUUUUGGGUGUAUGGGGAGGCAAAGGUCAAGGAAAGUCAUUCCAAUGUGAGCUUGUCUUUGCCAAAAUGGGAAUCAACCCUAUUAUGAUGAGUGCUGGAGAAUUGGAAAGUGGAAAUGCUGGAGAGCCAGCAAAACUGAUCAGGCAAAGGUACCGUGAGGCAGCAGACAUCAUCAGCAAGGGCAAAAUGUGCUGCCUCUUCAUCAAUGAUCUAGAUGCAGGAGCUGGAAGACUUGGUGGAACCACUCAAUACACUGUCAACAAUCAAAUGGUGAAUGCUACCCUCAUGAACAUUGCUGACAACCCAACCAAUGUCCAACUCCCUGGCAUGUACAACAAGCAGGAGAAUCCCCGCGUUCCCAUCAUAGUCACUGGUAAUGACUUCUCCACAUUGUAUGCCCCUCUCAUCCGUGAUGGACGUAUGGAAAAGUUCUAUUGGGCGCCUACUCGCGAAGACUGCAUUGGCGUGUGCACAGGGAUUUUCCGGGCUGACAAUGUUCCUAGAGAUGACAUUGUCAAGCUUGUUGACACUUUCCCUGGUCAGUCCAUUGACUUCUUUGGUGCUAUAAGGGCCAGAGUUUAUGAUGAUGAAGUGAGGAAAUGGGUCGCCAGUGUGGGGGUAGAAAGUAUUGGUAAGAGGCUUGUGAACUCAAAAGAGGGUCCUCCGACUUUCAAUCAAACGAAGAUGACUCUUGCGAAGCUGCUUGAGUAUGGAAACUUGCUUGUGCAAGAGCAGGACAAUGUGAAGAGAGUCCAAUUGUCUGAAAAGUACUUGAAAGAGGCGGCUCUAGGAGACGCCAAUGACGAUGCCAUCAUGAGUGGAAAUUUCUAUGGGAAAGCAGCCCAACAGGUUAACCUGCCUGUCCCUGAAGGUUGCACUGAUCCAUCUGCAGCAAACUAUGAUCCAACUGCGAGGAGCGACAACGGAAGCUGCCUGUACCAAUUUUAGACCUUUUCUAGUAGGAAUUUGAGAAUCUGUAUUAGAAUGUGGUGGUCUUCAUUGUGUCAUUGCAAUGUGCUUGUGCAGCCAUUCUCAUGAGUUCAGCCAGGUAAAUAUAUACCAGCCCAAUUGAACCUUAUGUAUCUGUUAGUUUUUUCAAGCAAGCUAAUGAAAAAGAGUAAAAUGCUAUGAAAAUA